UCCAGACCCGUUCCAGUGCGACUCGCCGCGCGGAUACGCCGCGGAAGCGUGGAGAGCGCGGACGCUUAUUCGGUACCCCGUCGCUCGCUGGUCGGGACGGUGCUGAGGACGGUGUAGAGGUCCAGGCGUGCAGUGAGCGACGGAUAUGUGUUCAGGUGCAAUGCGAUAGCGAUCUCCACGGUGCGUAGAUAAGACAUGGAAGUCGAACUUGACUUCGACCAUCAGGUGAACAUGGAAGUUCAUGUUUCCCAUCUCCAGAUCAGCCGGCCUACGCUGCUUAUAAUACUGGCAGCAAUCACUAGCGUCCUUCUGCUAUACCUUCGGAGGAGACUGUCGCUCCCCGUAGACAAACCUUUACUAGGUGCGAAGCCACCGAUCGCUGAGGCGGACGUCAAAAGCCAGAGGGAUCGCACGCCAGGAGGUUCAGUGACUCUGGAAAUCAGUGUCCCCCUCCCCACUCAUCAUAAUCAUCAGAAUGGCACCCCAUACCUCCCCACAUAUACGCCUUCCCCUCCGCGGACAUCCACCCCACCGCCCGCGGGGAUGUUCCCCAGAUCACCCCCAUCCAAUACCGGCCCUUCAAAUGGGGGCCGAAAUACCAGUGAGCGUCUAUUCCCCGCGUCUAAUCCCGUCCUACAAUCCUUUCGCCACUCUAAUCUUCUUCCACCGAUAUACACACAACCAUGAAUAUAUACAACCAUGAGCUCACCCUCCCCCCAGCAUCACCCAUGGGCCUGA